GUGGUGCCUGCCCACUUUCUCUUCCAGGCGCUCGAAGGCACGGGCUGUCACGGAGAAGCGAAAGAAGCCAGGGCCUGGGGCUGUUUUCCCUCGGAAGCAGCUCUUCUCCUCGGAGCGAAGGUGCGGAUCCUCCGGCCGGGGUCGCCGCGUAAACGGAGAGGUUUCCCCAACAGCUGCUCCCUUCUCCUGCUUCGGCUCUCUGAGCCUAACGGUGACUCCAGUAAUGGCAAAGAUGAUGAGAAGGAAGUGUGCGCUUUGUCCAAACGGUGAACCAUGUGCGAUUAUGUACGUCGCUGAAGAGCAGAAUCUUGCAGUUCAUCAGGACUGUUUGUUAUUUUCUUCAGCAUUUGUGGAAACGGAAGAACAGAACACAGAGGAUCUUGAUAAAAGAUUUGACGUGGUUUCAGUAAUGAAGGAAAUAAAGAGAGGAAAGAAACUGCUGUGCCGUUUCUGUCACAAGAGCGGGGCAACCAUUGGCUGUGAGAUCAAACACUGUCGCAGAAGUUACCAUUAUUUUUGUGCCUUGUGUGAUGAUGCUUCAGUAGAAACAGAUGAAAACAAAGGCCUGUACCGUUUGUUCUGCCAAAAACACAGCCAGAAAUCCAGUUCUUGCGAUAAAAACACUGAGAAGGCAAUGCCCGUGCUCGUAGUGGAAUCUUCCUCCACUACCACCCAAAUGACUGAUGAGACAGUUGAGGAAGAGAACAUGGAAGUCUUCAGUGAAAAACAUGACCAACACAAAGAAAGAAUAGAAUUUUUAAAGAAGUGUAAGCAGGCUGGGCUUCUGAGUGAAAUCUUUGAGGAAAUGUCAAAUACUCUUCUCCUGGCACAGGAAAAGCUGAUGGAGGACAAUACUCCAGAAGCAGAGUAUGAAAAAAUAGUCAUAUCACUUUUUGAUUGUGAUCUCUUUGAAAAUAUUCUUAGAAGAGCUCAUUCAGGAACAGAGGGAAAAAUUCAAGAACUAAUGAAUACACGGGAAAAACUGGAUGCUCAGAUUGAACUUUUUAGAGAUUUAAAAGAAACAAUAUUUCCUGUCUCAGAAGACACAGAUAAUACCUCAAGUGGUAUCUUUGAAUAACCCACCAUCUUUAAAAUGUUCACUGCCCCCGCCCCCCGGUCACUUUGGUAUAACACAUUUUAUACGUGGGUAACUGUUGUUUUCCCAAUUUUACAGUUGAGACCUUUUUGAUCUAGCCAAUAAUCUAUCAUUAGUUUUAAAUUAGAGUGUAUACUUCCAAGAGGCUUCAAAUGCCUUCUAUUACCGUAGAUGAAAAUUGAUGGAAGAAAAUGAGUGAAUUCAUGAUAUGCACUUUAUCUGCAGAUGAAAUUAUUAACAUACUAUUGUAAAUCACUCUGGUUUGGUUUACGGUUAUCUUACAGAGCUAUUAGAUACAGGUUAAGAUGAUCACUAGAAGGCAAAAAGAAAGACAAAUACCCGAUACUUUCCUGCCACUUAAUGGUCAUUCAAGGUUUUUGCAAUUCAGACUCAGUAUCUCUUAUCAUAUACACUCACUUAAUUUCCCAAAGAAACUGCUCUUCCUGCUUCAAGUUUUACGAGAAAGA